CCACCCAAGUCAUUAGCAUUAUCAAAGUGUUUGCUUGAUGGUUUCAAUGGCAAUGGAGUUUCGCGUCCUUGCAACCUUAGCUUUACUCUCUGUGGUGGUAAUUGGAACAGGUAAUGCUGCUCUACCUGCUGAAAUGUAUUGGCAUUCCAAGUUGCCAAACACUCCUAUCCCACAAGAUCUUCUGAGUCUUCUUCAGCACGAUAUGGGAGAUACGUGCACUUUUUGGGACAUGGGCUUGGCGGAUAAGACUUCUGAGGACAGAAGAUUCAGAUAUAAGUACUCUGAAAAUCCUUCUGAGGAAAACACUGAGUUACUCCUGCACAAAUCCUUCCUGAGGAAAACCUGA